AUGCUACUAUCUAAACGAUCUUUGGCCUCGGUCAAUUAUCUCGUUUCGUCUAUCCCCAAACCGGCAUCGGUUCCUGUGCAUCAGAAGAAACCCAAACCCAAAGAUCUCCCGCCUGCUGAUGCUUCUAGCUUGGUGUAUACGCCUAACGACCUUAACAACUACUUUCGCUACAAAGAGUAUGGCAAGCCAAGCAAUGCCCAGCUCACCAAAGCAGAUCUGUUCUUUGCUAAACAUACACCUAAGCAUGAAUGGACUUGUGCCAAAUAUGAGGAUAUUCCUGAUAUCAAGAUCAACCGGUUGCAAAAUGAGCACCAAGAGAAACUCGCUCGCAUAGAGCCUUACCAAAGAACAGAGUACCACGAUAAUUUGGAGAAACAGAGGUCUACUUACGGAUACUCGGCCGAAGUGCUUCGACCUUUGCCUGAGAUCUUGCUUUUGGGCCAUACGAAUGCUGGAAAGUCGACCAUGGUGAAUACAUUAUUCAAAAGCGAGAGGAACAAGAAAGAGGGUCAUUUGGCUUUUGUGAGUCGACGUGCUGGUUUCACUAAAUGCUUGAAUAGUUUUAAUGUUGGUGGAAAGCUUCGUAUUAUUGAUAGUCCUGGCUACGGUGAGUAUGGUGAAGUGAAGCAAGGUGAGGUUGUACUUGACUAUAUUCGUAAUAGGUCCCUCCUACGAAGAGUGUUCCUCCUUGUGGAUAGUAAAAUUGGAUUUCAAGAAGAAGACUCCAUGCUUAUAGAUACCCUCGUGGAGCUAGGAACUCCGUUUGAGAUCAUAUUCACAAAAGUCGAUGAAAUCGUACUGAGGGAGUUCCCCAAAUUCAAGAUUAAAUCUGCAAAGAACGACAUUGAUGGUCGCCUUGGGGGCUUUGAAAUGACUAGGGAAGGCAACUCUAAAGUUCUUUCGUACUACAACGAUUUGGUGAAUGGAACUGGCCUCAGAGACCUUGCAUCAAUGCCUCGCUUGUUGUUUAACAAUUCACAAACCAACAAGCUCCUCACUAAAAAGAUGGGCUACAGGGAAAUAAGGUAUGCUAUUCUUGAAAGUUGCAGUCUUAUUGAAGCUCCACAGGCUGUUGUUAACGAGGAUGUCGUUACUUCGCAAGCUAACAAGGAAAGAAGGAAGAGAACCAGGCGUGGGAUCCGUGUAUAG